GAUUAGUUAUGAAUCAGUCGAUUCAUCAGCGUGCCAGCGCGUCGUUGCCUUUUUGAAUCCAUCGCAUAAUGCCCUCGACCGCGGCCUGCUGAAGAACUCGCUUCGAAUUUCAUAACGUCGCACAAUAAUCAAUAAUUAUCUCCGCGAGUGAAGUUGCGUGUUGCGUAAAACAGCCGAAACACGCUAUAAUCCACACAACUGAAAUUGGUGUGUGUGGAAAAACCAGCGAUUACGACGUGCAAACAACAAAUAUAAAAAUGUUUCCUGCGCCAGCGAAGAUACGUUUCCUGGAUGAAAUCAGCGGACAAAUCAAACAAUCGAAGACGUCGAAGAUCACCGCUGAUUAUGAUAUAUGGAAGGUUUUGGGAUAUGGAAUCAAUGGCAAAGUUGUUGUUUGUACAUCCAAAGCCACCAAGGAGAAAUAUGCAUUGAAAGUCUUGGUUGAUUCGCCAAAAGCUCGCAGGGAGGCUGAACUCCAUUGGAAAGUGAGUCACUGCAUACAUGUUGUUAAUGUGAUCGACGUUUAUGAGAAUAUUUAUGCUAACACAGAGUGCAUACUAGUUGUAAUGGAAUGUAUGGAGGGUGGAGAGUUGUUUCAAAGAAUUCAGGACAGGCAGGAUAAUAAGGAUGGUCCUUUUACUGAGAGAGAGGCAGCGCAGGUUAUGCAUGAAAUUUGCAUCGCUGUUAAGUGCCUACAUGGCAUGAACAUUGCUCACAGAGAUUUGAAGCCUGAGAAUCUACUCUACUCAAAGGAAGGCACGCAGGGCGUGCUGAAACUCACCGAUUUUGGUUUUGCCAAAGAGAAUUUGCCGAACUCCGAUCUGCGAACGCCGUGUUACACUCCGUAUUAUGUUGCUCCCGAAGUUUUGGGACCGGAGAAAUAUGACAAAAGCUGUGAUAUUUGGUCGUUAGGCGUGAUAAUGUAUAUUCUGUUGUGUGGAUUUCCACCAUUUUACAGCAACCAUGGCCUGGCGAUUUCUCCCGGAAUGAAAAAACGCAUUCGUUUAGGACAGUACACCUUUCCGGAACCGGAAUGGGCUAAGGUAACCGAUGAUGCGAAAGAUUUAAUCAAAGGAAUGCUACAAAUUGCGACUGGAUCUCGUCUGACCAUCGAUGAAGUAAUGGCAAACAAAUGGAUUGCUCAAUAUACGGCCGUGCCAGCGACACCCCUACACACACAAAGCAUGUUACGCGAAAGCGAGGAACUGUGGCCGGAAGUCCAGGAGGAAAUGACUCGUUCAUUAGCGACGAUGCGCGUCGACUACGACGCUGUACGCAUCAAGACGCUGGACAACUCCAACAAUUCACUGCUGAACAAACGACGGAAGAAACUGACCGAGUCGAUGAAUUUGUAAACAAUUACAUACUCGACAGCGUACGCGUUUUAGGUCUAUACAUUUACAUCACAGAACUUAUCAUUUAUGACGUGUAUUUAUUUAUCAGUCCGGACGCCACGAAAAGGAAGCAAUUUUAUUUGUAAAACUCGCGGUAUGACUUAAAAAAAACAAACACAAACAGAGAAUUGUAGAGAAACUGCAGAAAAUAACCAAAACAAAUGGUUAUGGUUAAUACUAGAAUAAUAGUGCCUUCAUCAUAAAACAUUGGACUGAAGCUAUAUUUUUGCAUUUUGACUAAUGAAGUAACUGAAUUUAUGAAGAGAAUUAGUUUUCGCACGGAUUGUUUUAGAUAUUUAGUCGAUUAGAAGUCAGAAGGAGUUGUUAAUGUUAAAGAAACUAUAUUGCAAUGACUAUAAUUGUAGCCAACUUAAGGAGUACUCGUUGAAUGUGUCUUAUGUUAAGAUAAACAUGUUAGCACUUAGUAGUUCAUUGAUCAACUCUCAUUUAAAUACUUAUUAAUUCAUAUUAUGCAUCAGUUCGGUGCCUAGGAGUCCUACAUAUAUAAUUGUGCAAUGUAAUAUUAACAAAAAAAGUCGAUUUGCUUUCGUGCGGCAGUAUUAUGCAAGAGGUGGAUGAAUGAUGAGCGUUCGAGUUAUUCAAAACUUUAUUCGGUUUGGUUUAUGAUGAAUAAUGCGAAAGAAACGAUUUGACGCGAGAAUAAUUCAUGUUGGCGCAAACUAAACAGUGUUAAGCGGUUAAUUACGAAAUAAAUAAUUGUUUAAUGCA